UAAAAACUGGCAAUAAUUUUAAAUAUAUUGUCCGUGCUCAGAUUGUCAGCAGCAGUUGUCUUUUCUGGUUUUCCUGUGGAGCACGCGAGACGUCUGCCACAGUGUCCCCAAGAUGGGUGCCUACAGAUAUAUUCAAGAGUUAUAUCGAAAAAAGCUUAGCGAUGUUAUGCGUUUUCUGUUGCGUGUGAGAGUAUGGCAGUAUCGGCAGUUGACCCGCAUGCACCGGGCUCCUAGGCCUACAAGACCGGACAAGGCUAGGAGAUUGGGAUACCGCGCCAAACAAGGUUACGUUAUCUUCAGAAUCCGCGUACGUCGCGGUGGCCGCAAACGCCCGGUUGCCAAGGGUGCCACCUACGGAAAGCCCAAGAGCCAUGGAGUCAACCAACUGAAGCCUACUCGCAACUUGCAAUCUAUCGCCGAGGAGCGUGUAGGUCGCCGCUGCGGAGGUCUUCGCGUACUCAACUCUUACUGGGUUGCCCAAGAUUCUUCUUACAAAUACUUUGAAGUUAUCCUAGUUGAUCCAUCACACAAGGCUAUCCGCCGUGAUCCUAAGAUCAACUGGAUCGUAAACGCCGUACACAAGCAUCGUGAGAUGCGUGGGCUUACCUCUGCUGGAAAGAGCUCUCGUGGUCUUGGAAAAGGCCAUCGUUAUUCCCAGACCAAGGGAGGAUCAAGGCGUGCUUCCUGGAUCAGAAGAAACACAUUACAACUGCGCCGCAAGCGAUAAAAACACGUCAUAUUUGGCUAUUGAUUUUCCAUUUGUUCAUAUUCUGUAUUCUUUUUUAUUUUCAAAUGGAAAGUCAGUAGUUUUUAAUAAAACAAAUUUACUAUUA